AUGACUCUACCAGUUGAUAUUGGCACUCUGUCAUCACUAGAGUACUUAAUAUUAUGUGACAACCAAUUUACUAAAUUACCCUUUAGAAUCUCCCAACUCUCUGUCCUCAAAAGGCUAGAUGUAUCAAACUGCCCGAGGCUUGAAGAACUGCCCGAGCUUCCACCUACUCUUGCCCUACUUUUUGCCAACAAUUUGCUACGUAAAGUACUUCAGGGAUACAAUGUUAUGAAGCACCAGACUAGUGUUCUCCUUCCUGGAAUUGAAAUCCCAAAUUGGUUUCAAAGUGAGAGGACUGGAAUUGGGAAGACAGUAAUUGAGUUACCUGGGAAUUGGAACAAUGUAAUCACAGGGAUUUCAGUAUGUGCUGUUGCAGACUUGAUGGGGCUAACUAGGCAUAUCAGUUUGACUUUGUCAACAAAGCGGAUUCCAUUCACAAACAGGAAUGGAAUGUGUCAUUCCGAUAGAUUACAUUUGUGGAUGGAGUAUGUGUCACUUGAUCUUCUUCAAUGCUCAUAUGAGGGGAUUCUCCAGAAUGAUUGGAUUACAACCACUCCAGGCCUUAUCUUGACUGUUUCAACAGAGACUAGUGGUGUAAAGAUAUGUGGGGUCCGUUUUGUUUACAAAGAUGUUAGUUUGGAAGAAACGAGUAGUGUGGAUAGUUGUGUUAUGAAGAAAGAAUCAAAGUUUUUAAGAUGUUUUAAAGAGAUGGAAUUUGAUGGUGUAACUUACAGUUUGCAGCCUGGAGUAAAAUAUGUCAGUGAUGGAGAUGCAACAUUUGAUAGGUUGUCAUGGAAUGAGAAGCAUGAAUGUUAUAGAUCAGGUAGAUCAUUGAUCAAAGUAGGAAUGAGUAUUCUUGAUUAAAAUUAUGAAGGGGGUAAGGUGGAAGUAACCUACUUCCCUUUUAUUAACGUCAAAUUCGCCUUUACAUAACUUGCUACUCUUUUUUUAUACGCAACUCAAAC